AAUGGCACCACUGCCAUGUUGCACUGAGCCUUGCUGUUGGAAAACCACAUCAGUCUCGGCUUUCGGCUCUCAUAGAUGCACCUCACUUCCGUUUGCACUCAAGUAAGACCAGUAUAAGCCGUGUAAGUUUAUGCGGAAAGUGAUUUUAGAGGAAGUAGGCCAAUCAUUAACUUCUCUGGUAGAGUUAAAACGACGUCGCUGCGGAAUAGUGUUGACAUUUGACAAGCUAAAUAGACGCGAUGAUAACCAAGGGCUGUAUUAGGAUACUGUUUCCCCGGCCUGGUGUCUCCAGACUGGUUGUCCUGUCUCUUUCCUCCUCCCUGGCUCUGCUGCUACUCUACAGCACUAUGAUGGGUCCCCAGAGCCCCUCUGCGCUGCACCAGGUCUUCCUCCAUUUCAGACAUGUCCGCUCCUACCCCCUCCUCAGACGGCCUCGCUGCUGCCUCCACCCCCCCAACUCCAAACUCAACCCUGGAUCCAGUCACCCCAGACCCAACCCCUGGUCCCUCUACCCUGACUCCAACCACGACCUUGAAGCUAGCCACAUCCUUCUGCUCCUAGCAAUCAAGUCCCACCCUGCCAACUCUGACCGCCGGGCUGCCAUACGAGCCACCUGGGGCGAGGAGAGGGAGUGGAGAGGCCAGGGGGUGAGGAGGGUGUUUCUACUGGGCCUGGGAAGAGAAAGGGGGGAGGAGGGGGGAGACCCAGAGGUGGGGGAGGAGAGUGAGAGAUACGGGGACAUCCUACAGUGGGGGUUCAGAGAAUCAUUUUACAAUGUGACUCUGAAAGAGGUUCUGUUCUGGAACUGGUUCCACCAGGAGUGUUCUACAACCGUUCUCUAUAUUCUAAAGGGGGACGAUGACGUUUACGUGGAUGUGGAGAGAGUGGUGGGGUUCCUACAGGACAGGGGGAGAGGAGAAGAGGGAGAGACAUUGAUAAGGGGAGGGAUGAGGAGAGGAGAAGAGGGAGAGACGGAGAUAGGGGGAGAG